AUGGCGGAGCACCCGGGAGAGGAUGGUUACUGCUACUUCAACUUCACUGGCUUUUGGGUGAGCCCUUUGAAAGACGAAGAUCCGGACUUUGUGGACUACGCCAUACAGGGCAUCAAUGGUCUGAGAGGCCCGGACUACCAUGGGCACAACCAGGGCCGGCUGCUGAAGUAUCACUUCGAGGGCCAGGUGGUGACCACUUACAUGGACUCAAGCCACUACUCCUUUGAUGAUCUCUAUGGCUACUCCUUGGGAUACUUGCAGAACCAGGGCUUGGAGCCCUCUAUGAUGAAGAACAGCAGUCAUUGGAUCGAGCUCUCGAAGCAGAAGUGCCUGGAGAUCCAAGAAAAAUACCACUUUCAAGAUGAAGAGUUGGUCUUAGCCGACUGGUUGGACGACAAUCAGGCCCUGGCCACGAAGGUCUUUUGUGCGGCCAAUCUUUCGAUGGAAUUGACGUUGCCGUCGAUCAAAGCAAGGGCCAAUUACAAGAGCAUGCAGGAGGGGGACUGCGAGCCCAUCACGGCCCGAGACUUUGCCAAGCAUCACUACAUCAAGUGCCUCCUGGGAUAUCCGAACUCAGCCUCAGAUGGGGCAUACUUGAACGUCCGCGCAUGUCUCCUGGAAGGGAACCACAUUGGCCACUUCUCAGAUUGUCCAUACUCGCCGGACAUGAGCUUCUGA